AAACCGUGCUUUUUACGUUAACUUAUAAGCUUUUUGAUUGUUAUCUACUUGAAUACUUGAUAGUUGAUUACUAUUUGUAGCCUGCAUAUAGGUAUCUCACUCUAUUUGUCAGUAAUGUUGUCUAUCUGUAAUUACUCAAUGAAGUAUUAAAGUAAUAGGUACCUAUUAUAUUAUUUAAAAGUUGUACAACACAUAGGUACUAUAAAAAAUAUAUAUAGUCAAUAACUCAAUUAUUACUGUCGUAAAAAUCCAUUGAUAGUUGAUAAUUGUAUAUACCUAUUAUAAUUAUAUACCUAGUUAUUCGUUUUAUAAAAUGGCCAGUUUUAAUAAUCCCGAAGAGAUUAUUUACCAUUAUAAGAUAAUACUAAAUAAAACAAAAAAAAAAUUAUUUAGAAAGUUAAAUACACUGGAGCCUAGUGACCAAUUCGCUAAACUAGCAAAUUUUUGUCAAAAGAAUGAUAAACAUGAUUAUGCUGCAUUAUGCUGGCAAGCUGUGGCUAAAUGUGAAGAGUCGAUGGGUCACGACUGUGAACAAGCUCUUGCUCAUCAGAAAGCAGCCCGCCAGUUUUUUUCAGAAUUUAAGAAGACUGAAUCAUCUGGUUUAAUAUCUCCUUAUAAUGAAAAUUUACAAGCUGGGCUAAGUGAAAUGCGACAUGCCGAGGACAGUUGGCAAGGGAACUCGUUUGAAAAUAUUUUGAAAACUUCGAUUCGUCUUGAAACAGCUGAAACUCUUGUAUGUUUAGGUAAAUUAGAUGAUGCGGCUUUUAUUGGAAGUAGUAUGAUUGAUGUGCCACAUGAAAGUCAUACACUUAAAUUGGCUAUUCUUGAACAAAUAACUUCCAUUCAAAUUCUUUCUGAAGAUUAUGAAGGCGCACUUUUAACAUUCACAGAAAUCGCAAAUACUAUUUCUUGCAUAAACAAUGAAACCAUUGGCAUUUAUAAUGAUAUUUUAUUCAGAUGCGAAAUAUCACGAGUAUUCUUACUGCUUAUACUGAAACCCACUCGCCAAAAAAUGCCAAGUGAUUUAGCUUCAGUAUUGGAGAAAUACAUGUGGAUUAAUGGAAAUUUUGAUUCUCCGGUUCCUUAUAUAUCAGACAUAAUGUUCCGUCUUCUUCGUUCUUUGGUUAAAGCAUAUCAACUUGGUGAAACUACUUGUUUAGGUACAAUUGAAUCUGAUUUUACUCCUCAUUUAACAUCAGAACAAAGACAUUUAUUAGCUGUAUUAAUCAAUACACUGACAUAGUAACUAUUUUGUACUACCUAAUUAUAUUUUAUAUAUUUUAUAGUAUUUAAAAAUCAAUAUUAAUUUGUUAUAUUAUAAAUUAUAUACUUGAUUCUAAGUGUUUUAUACUAGAUUUUAUAUGCUAAAAUUGUUAUUUUUUUGUAAACAUUUUAUAGAUCAUUAAAAAUUGGAAAUUAUUCCAAAUAUA